CCCGACGCCGUUCGUUCCCAGGGUUCCGCGAGAGCAGUUUGCCCCACCCCACCUCUUGAGCGCUGUCUCUCUCCCAAUGUGCAAUUCCCGGAGAAAAGGGCAGAAAAGGCGAGAAAUGGCCCGCGCGACCACUUUUUUCCCGCCUCUGUGAGUACGUGGCGUGCUAACGGAGGAGUCGCCGCGGGAGCCGAGCUCGUCCCUGCGCGUGUCCGCGGUGUUCGCGUGUCUACAUGCACAUGUAUGUCUGCCAGCCGAAUUGGAGAUGAAUACAAAGCCGCGAGUGACAGCAGGCUCUACCUGCGAGGGACGGCGGAACGCCGCGUGUUUCUCCUAAUUCUACACUAAUCCCGCGGAGACAGACCGCAAGCGGCCCGGCGGUGAAGCGCGGCGUCCAAACCCGCGGGCCGCAGCUGUGAGCAGCGCUCCGAAUUACGGCGACGAAGGCGGAGACGGCGCUGGGCCUGUCCGGGCUCCGAGCGAACCGUCGAGCAGAGCGGCACCAUUUAGAGGAGCACAUCGCUCCGUUGGGGGUCAAAACGGAACCGUGGAGUGGCGAACGCGGCCUUGGACUCUGACGGAUGUAAACGGCCGAGGGCGCGAGCUGUCAGCAUAGUCCCCCUGAGCGCGCGGUAGGCUGUCGUGCUCCUGAUUUCCCGUCCCCGGCCCGUCCCGACGUGUGUGUUUCCGCGGAGGAAGAUUAGAGAGCGAUCGCAGACUGGCGUCUUCUCAUCUGGAAUCGCCUUUUUUAGGCUAGAGGGGGGCACAAAGAGCCGGUACAGGGGGUGGCCGCCGUGGGCCGUUGGCGGAUCCUCCGGCGGGACUCGCUCCCCCUCCCCCGGUGACCCCUCGGCGGGCUGCGCCGCGCUCCUGUCGCUGCCCCUUUCUGCCCACGAGCGAAGGACACGUCCGUGCACGCGGAGUGAAUUUGUUCCGUUUCCAUACGAGCGCUCGUGCUGGAAUUCUGCAAAAAAAAAAAAAAAAAAAAAAAAAAAUCAAAAGCCUCCAUCAAUCACGAGGCGCUCGUCCUACUAGCAGCGCUCCUCACCGACCGAUUCGCUCCGAGAAAUCUCCAUGACAUAAAAAGGGACAAGUAAAUAAUCCCUCUUCCCCCCCCCAUCAGAAAAAAAAAAGUUUACACAUCCUGCUGCCAUAUUAGUAAGAGCGGACAUGUCUGAUAAAUCAUUAUCGACGCGUUAAUUCCUGCGGGGCCGAGAGAGGACUGGGGGUUAUAUUUAUUUAUCCUUAACAUUUUAAUUUCUAUUCCCCCCCACCGACAUUUCCCCUCCCCUGAGCCGUAGUUGUUUUCUUUCCGCGGGGAGGGAGGGUGGGAGGGGGAAGAUGGGCUGUUUGGGCAACAGUAAGACGGAGGACCAGCGCAACGAGGAGAAGGCGCAGAGGGAGGCCAACAAGAAGAUCGAGAAGCAGCUGCAGAAGGACAAGCAGAUCUACCGGGCUACACACCGGCUGCUGCUGCUCGGUGCUGGAGAGUCUGGGAAGAGCACCAUCGUGAAACAGAUGCGGAUCCUGCAUGUCAAUGGCUUCAACGCAGAAGAGAAAAAACAGAAAAUCCAGGACAUUAAAAAUAACAUUAAAGAAGCUAUAGAGACUAUUGUGACAGCCAUGAGCACUCUAGUGCCACCAGUCCAGCUCGCCAGUCCUGGGAACCAGUCCAGAAUCAAGUACAUUCUCAACUUAGUCGGCCAAAAGAACUUUGAUUUUCCGCCUGAGUUCUACGAACAUGCCAAGUCGCUGUGGCAGGACGAAGGGGUGAGGGCCUGCUUUGAGAGGUCCAAUGAGUACCAACUGAUCGACUGUGCACAGUACUUUUUAGACAAGAUUGACAUUGUGAAGCAGAGCGACUACACUCCUACAGACCAGGACCUGCUGCGAUGCAGAGUGCUUACAUCUGGGAUUUUUGAGACACGGUUUCAGGUGGACAAAGUCAAUUUCCACAUGUUUGAUGUAGGAGGACAGAGGGAUGAACGACGGAAAUGGAUCCAGUGUUUCAAUGAUGUCACUGCCAUUAUUUUUGUGGUGGCCAGCAGCAGCUACAACAUGGUGAUCCGAGAAGAUAAUCAGACCAAUCGCUUACAGGAGGCUCUGAACCUCUUCAAGAACAUCUGGAACAACAGGUGGCUGCGGACCAUUUCCGUUAUACUGUUCCUCAACAAACAGGACCUGCUGGCUGAGAAAGUUUUGGCAGGGAAGUCUAAAAUAGAGGAAUACUUUCCAGAGUUCGCGCGCUACACCACACCAGAUGACGCAAUUCCCGAACCUGGCGAGGACCCGCAAGUGACUCGGGCAAAGUACUUCAUACGCGAUGAGUUCCUGAGGGUGAGCACGGCCAGUGGGGACGGGCGGCACUACUGCUAUCCGCAUUUCACGUGCGCCGUGGACACGGAGAACAUCCGCCGCGUCUUCAACGACUGCCGGGACAUCAUCCAGAGGAUGCACCUGCGCCAGUACGAGCUCUUAUGAUGGGAGGAGCUGGAUGGACUUUUCAAGCCCCGCCUCUGACGCAGCGCUGCCCCCUCGACUCCCACUUCUCUGGCCCUGCCCUCUACGCCGAUUUGCUAUUUUUGUGGAAACGUCCUCCUCUCAAUCGGAGAACAACGCCAUGCAAGUCAAAGACCCUCUAAAGGCAGCGAUGACCACAGGAAGCCAAGACUGCUGAAACUCACUGCACUUUAGUUCUGCGCUCAGGACUGUCCUCCAUCGCACACAAAUGACAAGACGGCUACAGACGGCCCCAUGCCCCCCCCCCCGUCUCACACAGACACCUCGCACCCGUGUUUAUCAUACUCAAUUCACUCAUUCACUUCCCCUGAAACGGCGUACAACCGCGUACUCUCACCUCCCGCUUUGUUAGUCUGUAGGCCGCAGAGCACCGGAAGAGCUGCCUUACCUGUAGAGCUCCAUGAGGACAGACACGGAUGGAUGGACCAUUCCAGAAACGGACGCACAGAGGGGAGUUACUGACCGAUGCGACGAAGGAAGAGCGAAUCAGUAAAAACCAGUGGACUGUAAGCAUAGUUUGCCUGGGGGAUGGCUUUGUGGUGUCCAGGUGUGUGUGUGUUUGGAACACGUACAUGACCAUCAACUCAUUUCUCAUGAUUUGCUUGGUUAGACAGGCUAAAACCAUGGAUACACACAUUAAUGUAACGCCAGUGAACUCUCCGUCUCCCCCGAUUGUGUGCUUGUACCGACUGUGCUGUUGUGCUCCAUCAUUCCUGGCCUUUACUUUUUUUUUUUUAAAUUUCUUUGAAGGGAACUUAAUAAAAAAAUACAAUAAAACAAGUCAAGAUAAUGACAGAGGAAAAUGUAUGGAGCUGUAUUGCCAUCCUCUUUCUUAAAGGGCCAGCAAGGCUUUCAGUACGUCUUUCUUACUCCUGGACUACAGCCCUUGUAUAGACUGUAAAAUGUAUUUUGUACUUUACUGAAGAAGAGAUACUUGUAGGAUAUCCCUGUGCCUUGAUCACAACUGUACGUAUAUAAUGAGCUAAGGUGUAUGGAAUGUUCCGCUGUGCUAUACAGUCCCCCUCCCCCGUGUUCGACGGACGAGGUGAAAGUUUGUUUGGAUGGGGUGGAUAAGAACUGCCGCUGGUGGUUUGAAUUUUUUUUUUUUUUUUUGCCUGUUUGGUCAAAAGAUACUUUUUCUUGUUUUUAUAUAGCGGUGCGGAUGUGUGAUUGUCUGUCUCUUGCCCGCGAGGUUCAUGCAGGUUUGCGGAGUCUCUGAAUGUGGUGCAGCUUCGCUUAAAAUUUACGGCAAAACACAGAUGUGGCAACAGUUUUGGUGUCAGCGAACUGUGUGUGUGUAAGAACAGCUGGGUGGGAGCCCCGUGUUGCCUGGCGAUGCGGGGAGUCGGUAUGCUGGGGGGUUCUUGGUGUUCAUCACCACGGUUUUCCUACCUUUUCUGCCUUCAGAAACGCGUAUUAUCAAAAUCGUGGCUAAAGCAGCAGGUAAAGUACAACGCAGGUAGCAAGUGUUGAAAGGAGAAGAGGGCUACGAAAAAGUAUACUGGUGUUGGGCUACUGGGGUAAGGUAAAGCCUUUGACAUUUGAAUUGCUUACAUAAAAUUUACUACUUUUUAAAUUUUUUUUAUUAUUAUUUUUGUCAGCCUAUCCCAGUAUGCAGUUUGUCAGUGGAAUGAGGUGCCAUAUAGUCUCUACAGUCAUGUGUCGUGGGCCAAAUUAUUUCUCUCCGGUCCAAAGUGGGGAGCUGGCAGUGUUUUCUCUCAUGAAUCCAAGAAUUGCCAUCUGAACAUUUUGUAGUUUGAGGAAAAUAAAUAGUAUUUUAAUAUACAUGGCAAUGGGUAGAUUGGGUAGGUUUGUUUGUUUCUGCUCUGAAAUGUGCACUGACCCGGGCGGGAAGUGUCGCUACGCAGUGCGAGUAGCACGGGGGGACGGGUGGAAACUGCGCACUGUGAACGGUGUCCGUGUUUGCACCUCGGUCGAGUUCCCUUCCUCGGCCUUCUGCACUUUCAUACACAGUCACUUGUUGGCGGUGUGUAUGGAUCUGAUGGAACUGAUCAAAGGUAGAGAGAAGAGUGUUGAAGUAGCAGAAGGGGGUCGUAGCAAAGAACAUAUGCAGGUAGUGGACAACAAAUGGAAAUGACUGCCCCAAAGGUACCCGGCCUGCUAUAGUGUCAUACUCUCGAUUUUGCUGGUCGGAUGGAGACGUGCUGAUGCAGGACUUCGCUGGACUACAAAUGUGUUUGGAAUCUAGGUUUGGUUGUGCCAUAUGUACAUUAACUGUCUCAACGAAGAACUUAAUGAAUGAAAUCAUUUUUACGCUUUAUCCUGCUGUGGCCUCUUCUGUGAAGGUCCAUCUGGACCAUUUAGUGAAUGAACCCUCUGCCCACGUUGACUCCUGCUGUCUUGUUCACUAAUCCAGAUUAAUGGUGGCUUUUGGAAAGGCUGCCAGCAGUUGCUUUGUUGCUCUUCUCCAUGACAAUGUUUGUAGUUCUCCCUGCUGACAUCACCUUAGGGACGGUUUGCUUUGACCGUCGCAUCACGUCAUGCACACCAGCACAGUUGCGCUGUUCUAAUUUGUAUCAGAUUCAGGACUCCUUGGAGACGCCGUGUGUAUUUCCCUCACUAGUGGGGCACGCCUACAAACAUUGCAUAUAUCCUAUGGCUCUCGUAGCCUUAAACAUUUCCUGUCCACUACCUGGAUAUUCCAUGUGUAAAAACCUGAUUAAGAACAAGGACCUUACUCACACUUGUUCAAUACGUUUUCAGAAGAAUACACUACCAAUGUACUUAUCAGUUUAAUGGUUUUAUGCAAAAUUAAUUUCAUGUAAGCUGUUUAAAAUGUUAGUCCUCAAAUGCACUGGUUAGUGCAUGAAUUUCAUGUACCAAAGUCUGUAUGAACUCUAUGUAUUUGUGAUGUGUAUUUUAAAUCUAUAUUGUAUAUAUACUGUAUAUGGUUCAAAAAGUGUAUGUUCAUAUGUAUAUAGAGGGAUAACUUAAAUCCUUACAGUAAGCACAGGUCUUUUGAAUUUUUAGUAUGUUGACACUUUGAGACUAGGGGUUAUUCAUUGUUUCCUUUAUAGCUUUAAUUCUUUGGAAAGCAAAGUAUCAUACUGCAAAAAAAACCCAAUUUUUACCAACUUUGUUCUCUGAAGAAAAGGAAAAAAACUCAAUUACUGUUUGGGUCAUUCCUAGCACGGUAGAUAUGAUGUAAUGUUCUCGUAGGAAGUCCUCCACAAAUUGCCAGAGCCCUACGCCGCCUGCCUGACUCACUAUGGUAGUUGCUGGACUGAUGACCUCAGCCGUUUGCCCUUCCGCACCAGGAGCCAGAUGCCCAUCCUCUGUACGGGCUCUGCACCGCAGCUCGUGGACCCACUUCCCCAGUCCCAUGACCCAAGACUGACUUCAAAAUCUCUACACCUUCUCUUUUAAAAAUUAACAGCUGAAAGAAAGGGUUAUCAAUUAGGUUUAUUUAAUGUUCUUGCAUUCAUUCAUUCAUUGAGCUAAUGCUUUUCUCUGCUGUUGACAAUUGUUACAACAGGGUAGUUUUGCAGGAGCAAUUUAGGGUAAGUACCUUGCUCCAGGGUACUAGAGCACUAGGUGAGAUUUGAACCGGCAAACUUCGGUUCCAUAGUGGUUCUCAGUUUGAAAAAAUCCCUGUGGAACAUCCAUGGGGCAUCAAAAGAAC